AAACGUCACAAGUGUCAUCAAACGACCUUAAAAUUAACUCGUACAAAUGUUGCUCAAGAAGCAACUAUGAACUUUAUGUCUGUUAUUAAUAACAAUUCUUAUUGUUAAACACCUGAACGUACCUGCGAGUAAAAAUCCGUAAAAGGCGAAAGUAUCUUCGGGGAGUAAUUUCAAAGCAAUGAGAACUGUUAAAACGAUAACCUUCAAGUUCUUAGAUCUCCAAAAAUAGAAAAAAACCAUUACGGACUGUUCUAUUUGUGUACAGAAAAAGAAAAAAUGAAGCUUUUUAUUAAAUUAAAAUAAAUGACCAAUUCUAAGAGGUUUUUGGAUAAUGGCAUCUCUCUGCAAACGUUCUUGGAAGCUGCAGGAGUUUGUGGCCCACAAUGCGAACGUCAACUGCCUGGCAUUGGGGCACAAAUCGGGCCGGGUUAUGGUUACGGGUGGAGAUGAUAAGAAGGUGAACUUAUGGGCUAUCGGCAAGCAAAGCUGUUUCAUGAGCCUCAGCGGGCAUACGACCCCAAUUGAGUGUGUGCAAUUUAACCACGUUGAAGAGCUAGUAUGUGCGGGCUCACGUGCCGGUGCUCUCAAAGUGUGGGACUUGGAGGCGGCAAAGCUGGUCCGCACGCUGACCGGACAUCGCGACAGCAUUAAAUGCGUCGACUUUCAUCCGUACGGUGAUUUUCUAGUGUCGGGCGGAUCGGAUAGUACAAUCAAAUUGUGGGAUAGCCGGAAGAAGGGGUGUAUAUGUACAUUUCCUGGUCAUACAACGACAGUGAAUAGUCUUAAAUUUAGUCCCGACGGGCAGUGGAUCGCGUCCGGCGGUGAGGAUUCUCGAAUAAAAAUUUGGGAUCUGAGGGUCGGACGCGUUUUAAAGGAAUUUACGGAACAUAUGAACUCGGUGACGUGCGUGGAGUUUCAUCCGCACGAGUUUCUACUAGCUAGCGGUAGUACGGAUAGGUCGGUUCAUUUUUUCGAUUUGGAGAACUUCAAUGUGGUGUCUACGGAACGAGAUGUCGGGUCGGUUAGGUGCUUGUGGUUCAAUCCGGACGGCGAAUGUUUGUUUACUGCGGUCAGAGACUAUCUUAAAGUAAUCGGGUGGGAGCCCAAUAGGCUGUAUGAUUCUGUACCCGUGAAUUGGGGAAGGAUUUGUGAUAUUUCGACUGCUCAACAUCAAUUAGUUGGCGCUUCAUUCCAUUUAACUACAGUCACAGUGUACGUGGUAGAUCUGAAGAAGGUUCAGCCCUUCGGCGGUCUGUUAGAUGAGUGUCCAAGUCCAUUUACCCAUAACCAAAGUAUACGUAAGAGUUUUUCUAAAGCCGAAAGACCGCUAGUAAGGACUAAGGCCACGCUUGACGUGAAAACAAUUGAGGAAAGCACAUCGGGUACUGACCCCGAAGAAGAGUCAUCUGCUGACAUAACGAAUUUGAAAGACUACAAUGACAUUUUUAAAGCGCGACAGGCAUUAAAUAGAACUCCACCUCCACCAGAAGAAUUAGAACCGCCAGAUGAGCCAACGCUAGAAAAUUUAGAUCCAACCGAACCCCAAAUAUUAGCAGAAAUCGGUUCUGAAAGCUUAGAAGCACUUUCACUCGAUGACACAGUUAAUUGCAAUCACAACUCUUCCUUACCACUAUUCAACUCGACACCAUACUCCAGAUCGAAAUCAAACUUGGACCAAAUCUUUGCUAGUCCCCGGUCCGAUCCUGAAAUUGUGCUACCGAAAAUAAACAGUGUAAAACAACAGCUUUAUCAAAAGUUUAACUUGCAAAGGCAAAGCAGUUGCAAGGACGUUCCGGAAAAGUUACCAAAAAAUAAUAUCAAGCACAGUAUGUCGGAGGUGACGCUAAACAAGAGCUCGGUGGUGACAUCACGCAACAUAUCACGCAAGAAUUCCUUCUCGAAGCCCACACGCAACUCUAGUGUUCCAAACGUAUCCCGAAUACCAACAACUGCCAAGCAGUUAGAAAAAUCAGUACCUGUUAAGUCGCAACCUGUCGAUAUUUAUGUUAACAAUAACAACAGUACAAAAGUGUCACCUGAAGGAUCGCUCUCGGAUGACUACAUACCGGCUGCUGUCGAUAAACCGGUCGGUCUAGACUUGGACGAUUUUUUACCUAAAAACCAUCAUCGUUGUGGUUUUGACAAGCAACUACCCGACAUGUCCGAGGCGGAAGUGCUGGGUGUUGUAAUGCGAGGGCACGAGCCGAUGAUGGCGGUUUUAGUUGCUAGACAACGAAAUUUAAAAAUAGUUAUUGCACAGCACAAAACGAAGGAUGUUAAAUCCGCCAUCGAAACUGCCAUCUCGUUAAAUGAUCUUUCUGUUAUUGUUGAUGUUUUAAGCGUUUUUAAUAAUAAGUAUUCGUCAUGGAACUUGGAUUUAUGUGUGCUAUUGUUACCUAAAAUUCAGGAGCUGAUGCAGAGCAAAUUCGAAAUGUACAUGACGGUGGCGUGCAAUUCCCUUAAAUUAAUUUUGAAACAUUUUGGAUCUGUGAUUAAAAGCUGCAUACAGUCGCCGGUUGGCAGUUUCGGUGUUGACAUAUCUCGGGAAGAAAGGUAUCAGAAAUCGCUCAAAUGCUACGAUUACUUAGGACAAGUACGAUCGUUACUGCUCAAGAAACAAGCGAUACCGGGCACCUUAGGCGGCAACUUUCGAGAAGUUCACACCUUAAUGCAGCACACGUUCGACUGAGACGCCGCUGACGAUUACUUAUUAACAGAAAUAAUUCCACUUGCAUGGUACCUACUAAACGGCGAAUGGGACGAAGUAACGUAGGCUUUAAUCCCCAAAAAAAGUAAUUGCUUGAAUUGCAU